AUGAAACUCGCGGGCAUUAGUUUUGCAGAGUUUCCAUCAUGCCUCGUGCUUCUCUGUAUUGCUCUUGCACUUUGCUUUAACCAAGUCUCUUCCACCACCAAUGAAACAGAUAAACUCGCACUUCUCGCAUUUAAGGCUGGCAUAACCGGAGAUCCUUUUUGCGUGCUCAACUCAUGGAACAAUAGCAUCAAGUUUUGCCAGUGGUAUGGCGUUACAUGCGGUCGGAGACACACUAGGGUCACGGUCCUGGACUUACAAUCACAAGGACUCUCUGGAUCAAUCUCUCCUCAUAUUGGGAAUCUUAGCUUCUUGAAGGAAAUGCGGCUCCAAAACAACAGUCUCAAUCAUGCAAUCCCUCCGCAAAUCGGCCAAUUGCGCCGCCUUCGUAUCUUACUACUACACAACAAUUCAUUGGUUGGUGAAAUUCCCAAAAACAUAUCAGGUUGCUUGGACUUGUUUGCACUCUGGAUUGGGCGUAAUGAGCUAACUGGAGAAAUUCCUAGGAAGCUCAAUUCAUUGACGAAGCUCCGGGUUUUAGUUUUGCAACUUAAUAAUUUAACCGGGAACUUUCCCUCCUUCAUUGGCAAUUUAUCGUCCCUGGAGAUGCUUCAUUUAGGAGGGAACAACUUGGGCGGGAGCAUUCCCCAAGUUUUAGGCCACCUAACAAACUUGCAAUACAUUAGCCUUGGAAUGAACAGAUUGUCAGGUACAAUUCCACCUUCCUUAUUCAACCUCUCUUCACUAAUUGAUUUUUGGGUUGGAGAGAACCAAAUACAAGGAACUCUUCCAACAAGUAUGGGCCUCAAACUCCCAAAACUUGAAUCUUUUGAUGUAGUUGACAACCAACUUGAGGGGCCGAUUCCUCCCUCAAUAUCGAAUUGCACAAAACUAAGUGCGCUUUGCGUUAGUCUUAAUGGAUUUUCUGGGAAAUUACCAUCAUUUGGAAAUUUGUAUACUUUUAGUUUGCUUGCAGUGUGGGUAAAUCAACUUGGAAAUGGACAACCUGAAGACUUGAGCUUCCUUUGCUCAUUAACUAACAGCACCGAAUUAGUGGAAGUGAAUAUCGGCGAGAACAAGUUUGGUGGGGUGUUACCUAAAUGCCUAGGUAAUUUAUCCACCACUUUGAAAUUAUUUCUUACAAACAUGAAUCAAAUAUCCGGUGAGAUUCCAGAAGAAAUUGGGAAUCUUGUCAGCUUGGAGGUAUUAUUUAUGAAUUCCAACCAACUUUCAGGUGUUAUCCCCUUAAAUUUAGGGAAUCUACAAAAUCUAAAGAUGUUGCAAUUGUGUAGUAACAACCUGAGAGGGACUAUCCCAUCUUCAUUGGGAAAUCUAACCAAGAUGAUACAAUUAGAUCUUAGUGGGAACAACUUUCAUGGGCAAAUUCCUUCACGUCUAUCAAACUACCGGUCUCUUGAUGGACUCGAUCUAUCUUAUAAUAAUCUUAGUGGUGCCAUACCCCCACAUCUUUUCCGUCUCUCAUCAUUAGCCAUCCUUUUGUGUUUGUCUCAUAACCAUCUGACUGGGAUUCUACCCACAGAAGUUGGCAACUUGAGAGCUUUGAGUAAGUUGGACAUAUCUGACAAUUUGUUGGUAGGUGAAAUCCCAAAUAGUUUAGGUGAUUGCACUUCGUUGGCAUCAUUGAGGAUGGAAGGCAACUUCUUCCACGGGUCGAUUCCACAAUCAAUCAAAUCAUUAGGAGGCAUCGAAGAACUAGAUCUUUCACGCAACAAUUUGUCAGGUCAGAUUCCAGAAUUCUUAGCAGUAUUUCAAUCCUUAAAACGUUUGAAUUUGUCAUAUAAUAAGUUUGAAGGUAUGCUACCAAGUGAAGGAAUCUUUAAGAAUGCUGUUGGUACUUCCAUUGUUGGGAACAAUGAGCUCUGUGGUGGCUUGCCGAAAUUUCAUCUCCCCAACUGCAUUUCCAAAAGCCACAAAAGCAUAAAGAUCAAUAUAGUGAUAGUUGUCGUUUCUAUCAUUUCUGGAGUUGUUGGAAUGGCUCUUAUUGCAGCUUUUAUAUAUCUUUGUUGGGUGAAGAAGAAAGUAAAUGAACCAGUUUCAAGUUCAAUGGAUGAUUCACAUUUGAAUGUAUCUUAUGGGACACUCUUAAAAGCAACUGAAGGUUUUUCUUCGGCAAAUUUGAUCGGUGUUGGAGGCUUUGGUUCUGUUUAUAGGGGGAUACUCAAGGACAAUGGAACGGUUGUUGCCGUGAAGGUGCUUCAUUUAGUCCGUCGUGGUGCUCUGAAUAGCUUUAUAGUUGAGUGUGAGGCAUUAAAGAACAUCAAACAUCGAAAUCUUUUGAAGAUACUUACAGUUUGCUCUAGUAGUGAUUACCAAGGAAAUGAUUUUAAGGCCCUAGUCUACAAAUUCAUGGACAAUGGAAGCUUGGAACAGUGGCUACACUCAUACGCAACAUCAUCUCAUGGGAAUAUGCUUCCGAAUAAGUUGAAUUUCAUAUGGAGGAUAAAUAUUGCAAUCGAUGUUGCUUCUGCACUAGAUUAUCUUCAUCACCAGUGCCACAUUCCCAUCAUUCAUUGUGAUUUAAAGCCAAGCAAUAUCCUCUUAGAUGCUGAGAUGGUCGCACAUGUUGGCGACUUUGGAUUGAUGAAAUUCCUUCAUGGAUCAUCCCUUGAUACUGUAGAUAAUCAGAUGAGCUCAAUGGGUCUUAGAGGGACAGUGGGUUAUGCUCCACCAGAAUAUGCGACGGGAUGCAAAGUUUCAAGAGAAGGAGAUGUCUAUAGUUUCGGCAUUCUGUUAAUGGAGAUAUUCACAGGUUUGAGUCCCACUGAUAACAAAUUUAGAGACAAUUUGACUCUUCAUAAUUUUGUUGCAGAAGCUUUGCCUGAACGAGUGUUAGAAGUCACGGACAGCUUUCUGCUUCAAGAAAGAGAGAGCCAUUUAGGCUCCUAUAGUCGUCAGCACUGGUCUUCCGAAAGGGAUAACAUAUUUCAAGAAUGUUUGGUUAUGGUGUAUAAGAUUGGAGUUGCUUGUUCGUACCAAGUGCCGGGUAUACGGAUGAGCAUCAAUGAAGCUGCAAAUCAGUUGCACCAGAUAAGGAAGAAACUCUUUGCAUUGGGUUUACAUGAACGAGAUGAACCAUCGAUAGCUUAAAUAGCUAUCGUACAGGACGCAACUCUUCUAACGUGAAGAACUGUCCGAAAUUGGGCUUAGCCCAGGAUCGGCCCAUCAACCCAAUUAUCGGUUUCAGUCUCCCAGUUGUGAAUCGUCACCGUCAAGAGCCACUCCAUCCGCCCCCACGCCACCACCACCUUAACUCCUAUUCAACAGAGCAGUGAUUAUUUUGUGUCAAUAACGAUGCUUCGUAGGUCUCUCCAACUGUGAAAAUUGUGUUGUUUAGUAAAUUGAGCCUCGUUGUUGAGUUCAUUAGCUCGAAGUAGCUUUUAUUGUUGGUAUUACAAUCAAACGUGAGUGCUGCUCAUCUUUUCUUUGAAUUUGUAAGUUCCUUUUUUGUCUUUAGACAGUGACAGAUUAGUUUUUUUCUUUU